CUAUCUAUCUAUCUCUCUAUCCAUCCACCCACCCGUCUGUCUAUCUGUCUGUCUAUCCAUCUGACACUGAAACUAACAUACUCCCCGUGAAGGCAGCACAGACCCCAUUUCCAGCUCAUUACCUAGCAGCGGGUGAGUUUACAAUAAAGAGAAACCGAAAGCAGCCGCAGCAUCAUGUUGCAUCAUCGGUGGUCUGAUGCCAAACUCCGUGCGCUAAAAAGCGACCGGACGCACUGCUGGAGCGCCUCAGUCUGGGCUGCACGUUCACACAACCGGUGUUCAAUCUCGAGCUGCAGAGGCGCGCUGCUCGUGCGUCAACUUCACGGUUUGAAUGGCACCGGUUUCACCUGCGGGCGCGCAGCACGGAGGAUGAUCCGGGCUCGGUGACGGUGCAUCCUGCAGGUGGACUCUCAGACAGACAGAUAGACAGACAGAUAGACAGACAGUCAUGUCCCCGUUAUUCAUGGAGGCUGGCUACGAGCUCAACAGCCCCGGCUCCGGCUCCGGCUCGGUGUCCGCUGAGGGCAGCAACACCGGUGGAUCGGAGAGAGAAGGAGAGGGGCAACCUAAGACAAACAGAGGAAGAAGAAGACAAGAGAAGAACCGGGACGCGGCGAGGAAGAGCCGGAGAAAACAGACGGAGAGAGCAGACGAACUUCACGAGGAGCUCCAGGGUUUGGAGCAAUCAAAUUCAGCCCUUAAAAAGGAGAUUGCCGCGUUGAAAAAAGACCUCCAGCUCUACACGACGGCUCUGGAACAACACAAGCCUCUCUGCUGCCUCAAAGACUCCACCCACCUCUCCACCUCAGCCGACUGUCAGAGCAGCUCCAGCCCUCCUGGAGCCCAUCCCCAGGCCUCAAGCUCCACUUUUGCUGCUGCUGCCCCUUCACUCUCUACCUCCUUAACCUCCAGCCCAGGUCUUCAAACCCGUGACUGUGUUGAAAGCGCACAUCCCGCGUUUUCUGCUCCUCCAACAACUACAACAUCAGCCUCACCUAGCGGCUCACCCGCUAAACUCUUCUCUGUAACAGCUCCCAUGUCUUUCUCCACAGCCCCGGCUCCUCACUCUUUGUUUAGCGAAGAUCCUCCUCCUCUAAUCACAUCAAACGUUCCGCCUGUCUGCACGGGCCUCGCUUCAAACCCCUCCAGCUCUCUCGCCGCAGCUGCUCCACCUCGACCUGGUCAAGGCACCAUCCACGAGAGCUCUUCAAUGUCAGCAAAUGCUCGUUUCUCUCCGAUUGAUGAAUUUCUAAUGACACCAGCUUCUUUUCUUACCGCUUCACUGAAUGUAGCGCCCCUUUACUCACGUUUAGCGGUAGAAUACGCAGGUCUAGUAGCGCCAGGUUGUCCCAUGAACGAGGCCCAGCUUCAUCCAGGUCAGUUCAGCAGAAAUUCAACCAAUUCAAGUCCGCCGUGUUCCCUUUUACCAGCAACUCUUCAAGAUCCUGCUCUCCAGGGCCCCUCGGUGCCAUCGCCUGCCUCUGCUUUUGAGCCGAGUUAUAAUCGACAAGUCAAUCGCGUGUCUCUGCUUUCCAUGCUCACUGUGCCGAGUCCCCUUAAUGUGUCUCCGACUACCUCCAGCAGCUUUGAUGGACCUCCCCCUCAACCUCCACCCUCGCUGCCACUGUUGGGGGAUACCUCAAGAGAUCUGUCCCUUUCUGAACUCCUGGAGGGCAACGAUUGGAUACUAAGUGGGACCGGUUCCCAGUAGCACUACAUGCCACAGAGCAAAGGAAGACCUUGUGCCAAAAUUGUUGUUUUAAUUUAUAUAUUUCUACAUUUUGAGCUGUUGACUCAAACUCUGCUGAGCAGCUACAGAAAUGAAACGCAAGCAGACAGAUUUAUAUGGAAAACUUGACAUCAGAAUAUGAACCAAGGGGGCCAAACAAAUUGUCUGGGCUGUUGCUCAUAUUCAGCUUUCUGCUUCUUAAAGGGACACUCUUGUGAUUUAGUAUAGAGAGCUACAGGAAUGAGUCCUGAAACCCAGAAAUGAGUUAGCAUUUUAGCACUUCUGGAUCCUUCGUCUGGAAGUCAAUGUUUUUUUUAAUGGGUUUUUAGUUAGAUGACGUUAGCUUUUAACUUUGAAAAUCAUGAAGGUGGUGUUCAUUUGUGAAGUAUCAUAAAUGUUUGUUUGCCACAGAGCUUAUUUUCUGCAAUAAUCCAAAACUCAAUGGAAUGAUCCCAUUUUUUUUCGAACUAAAUCUGUGUCAUCCCUUCCUUAAUCCAGAGAAGAGAAAAUGAAAAAAAUGACUCAAUAGAUGAGGGUGGAGUACUCACUUCCUUGCCAUUUCAAGGAAAUGUCAUAAGGAGAAAUUUCCAUCUGUGGCUGGAACCUCAUGUGUGAACAUAUGCCCUGCCAAAGUUAACCACACGGCCGUGGCCUGGCUGCAGAUUACGGUAGUUAGGAUUUAAUGACAGGAAAUUUAUUUUUUACCUCUUUUUAAAAUACACAAUCAAACCCGCACACUCUCCUCACACAGUUGCACAUAUUUUUGGUGCUAUUGAUAAUUUAAAGUCCCCAUGAAAUGAAAAAUACAUUUUCACAGUUUUAAUCCUGUGUUAAUUGUUCAUUUACCUCUUGUUAUAUGCCAAAUAUAUGUUACAGUAUCAUUGUAUUUUUACAUCAAAAUUUGAUCAACAUUUUCUCUUCCUGUAAAUUAUUUCUCAAUCUGCACUUGGAGGGGUUUACAAAAAUUCAUCCAAUCAAAUGAGACUUUGAGCGACUAGCUAGCCAAUCGUUUGCGGAUCGAAUCAAUAUACGUUCUUUGAUGGAAGGAAGAGAUGUGUUUUUGGAUAUCAGUGGGCAAAAACGCUGUUUUCAUUUCCAAAACAAGAUGGCUGAGGUCUAAUUCAUUCAAGGGAAACUUAACUUUUUGUCAGUGCAGCACCAAAACUCCUCUGCUCUGUAGCUCCGUAUCGAGCUAAACUCAAAGCCUGCCCGCGUUUUAGCGGCCCAAUCAAAGACGGAAUGAUUGGAUUUAAAUCCCUCGUGACUGUUCACCGCUCAAAUAUUCUGUUUCACUGUGAGAUACGUCACAGUACAGCAGUUAGAGGCGCUCUAACUUCUGUUAAAUGGGGACUUUAAAGUCAAUUUGCUGAUUUUGUUUUGUGAAAAGCUAUAAUUUUUUUUUUGUCUACAUUUCAGAUUAAAAACAAAAAUAGAUAGAUAAAUAGAAAAUAGAUUUAUCUCUUUUCUUCUUCACUUCAAAUAAUAGAAUUGCAUCACUUCUACUUACUGUAAUUACGCUACUAUAUGUUUCAUUGUUAAUUCAGGCCUUUUACCAGCUUUGCAGCUUGCAGACAAAGUGAGUACUGCCCAGGCCCAACUACCCUCAGGGACCCCAGAUUGUGUAUCUGUUGGUCUGUGGUUAUUUGGUUAAUUGCAAAUAGUAAAUAGUUUGGGUAUCUAAAUUAUUUAUCCACUUGUACAAAUGUUCAUAUUCACAAAUAAAUGUGUGCUGAAUUGAAUAACGUCAAACAGGAUCAAAAGAUGCCCACAGCUCGUUUUUGCUCUGGGGCCCCCUAGUGGUUACAUGGAGACAAAUGUCAGGACCUAAGAUCUUGUGGUCCACUAACACCCCUGUGGAUCUAAACCUAUGAUAAAAAAAAAAAGAGUAAUUGUCAAUUCCCUUAUUGUGUUUAGUUCAAGUGAGACAAAUGAGAGAAAUAACGUAUUUCUUUCCAUUUGACAUCCUCUCCCUGUAACUGACAAUAAGAGACCCAGGAGGCGACUCAAUCCUGUUUUAUACGAACUAUCACUGCUGUAGAGGAAUUAAGAGUGGAUUUUAAGUUAGGAAAUAUAGCUUAUGCAUCAUGAUUGUAUUAAAAUGACGAUUUUGUUUUUUCAAAGGAUGAUUUAUGUAGAUUAUUCUGCUUUAUAUACACUAUAUCUCCAGUCGGAGGAUAUAUGAACGUGUACUCUACACAGAAGUUUAUGAUUUAGUGUGAGGCUUUGUGUGUGUCUGUGUGAGUUAUGAAUAUUUUGUAUUUAACAUGCAUUAGAUUAAUAUAUUUUAUACUGGUUGCAAUAGAAAAAAUCAUUACAAAUAAAAAAAAAUUCUUGAAACAUU